AUGACGGUCCCUCGCCCUCCUACAGAAUCAGUGCCACUGGAGACAGCCCAAUACCUUCAACAAGAAGAAGAAGCGACCUUAACACUUGUGGCUCAGGAGGCACGGAGCGAGGCACAAGACUGGCUUCGGAAACGCAUUGGCCAAAAAAAGUUGCUAUCUGAUGCCCAUGCUCAGCUGCAAAAUGCUAAGAAGCACAAUCGUACUGCUAGUGGAAGCAGUGUGAGCAGUAAUAAAGACGAAAUUGAGACAUCAAAUCUCGACAGUCGCGAUGGCUUCUUCCAGAGUGAUCAGCAGUUAUUGGAGGAGUUGAAAGCUGCCGCAGCAAAGAAAUUUGUUGAGAAGCACGUGGCCGAGGCAGUGGUGGAGGCGCGGUUGUCUAUUGAGCGAGAAAAGCUAACACUUUUCCAGGAAACUGGACUGUACCUCGGUAUAACUGCAAUCUCGAAGAAUAGCACGAAUGGAAAACGUUGCUCGCUAUUUGUGCAAGCAGCUACUUCUACUACUGGUUCGAUUUUGUUGCCUGCACCAUAA